AUGCCCACCGAAACGCCGCUAUGGUCCUACGGAUUCGAGUGCGACUGCUUCAAGGCAUUCGCAGUUAAACGCAGAUGCAAGAAAGAAGGCGGCAAGUUCUGGCCGCCUUUGGAGGACGACGUCGAGCUCGAGCGCGACCCCGACCCGAAGCUCGCACUCAAGCAGAAACAAGCCACCAACCAGAGCAGGGAGAUAUCCCGCGCCGUCGACGUCCUCCAUUGGGCCCAACUGUUCCUGCAGAACAAGGCGGGCAACAACUACCUCUUCAAAUGCGUUAACUCAGUGCACAGUGGGAAAACGGGCACGCAGGAUCGCUUUACAAUGAUCGUCGAUCUUGCGUCUGCGCGUGCGUGGAAGCGCGCGGACAUCGACAUGGCGGCGGUGCUGGAAGAGUGGGAGCUCCCGGACGAGAAGUCCAUGGCCGUGCUGCGGGAGUAUCUGGGCGAGCCGGCGUGGUUCUUGGAGACCGAGUAUGUGCGGCGCAACAAGCUCUUUCCCGCUCUGGAGAGCGGGGAGUUCCAGGCUGUCGUCGGGAUCCCUGUGGAGAGCCACCCGACCGUUGGCACGAGCGCGCAGGCGCAGUCUGCGGAAGGCCCCGAACGCGAGGUUUACUAA